CAGCGCUGGGACGUCAAGCCGUGAGUGAGCGAGGACCAGCCACCACGAGCACCGCCACCGCCUGCAGGACAGAGAUGGACGCGGAGCUCCACGGCGAGCUGGCCGACUCGGUGGCGGCCAUGAACGUGGCCCCAACUGGUGCUGCGAGGACCAGCAGGCUCUCGGGCAGGAAGAUGUCACUGCAGGAGAAAGGGAACCGCAUAGCCAGGCAGCCCACCAUCGAGACCAAGCGCGUGUCCAUCACAGAUGUUGAUAAUUGUGUCCAGCUCAACCAGUAUAAAUUGAAGAGAGAGAUUGGAAAGGGCUCAUAUGGAGUGGUAAAGUUGGCGUAUAAUGAAGAUUCUGAGCAGUACUAUGCGAUGAAAGUGGUUUCAAAGAAGAGGCUGAUGAAGCAGUGUGGAUUUUUGCGCCGCAUGCCUCCUCAAGGAUCCAACACUGUGUUUCCUCUGGAGAAAGUGUACAAGGAGAUUGCCAUCCUGAAGAAACUGGACCAUCCUAACGUAGUUAAACUGGUGGAGGUGCUUGAUGACCCUGAUGAAGAUGGACUUCAUAUGGCCUUCGAUUUGAUGAAGAAGGGCCAGGUGAUGGAGGUUCCUACAGACGAGCCUUUCUCAGAGGAGCAGGCUCGCUUUUACUUCAGAGACAUCGUCCUGGGAAUAGAAUACUUGCACUACCACAAGAUCAUCCACAGGGACAUCAAACCCUCCAACCUGCUGCUCGGGGACGAUGGUCACGUCAAGAUUGCGGACUUUGGUGUGAGCAACGAGUUUGAGGGGACGGACGCUCUGCUGUCCAGCACGGCGGGGACGCCGGCCUUCAUGGCCCCCGAGAUGAUGAGCGAACACGGACAGAGGUUCAGCGGGAAGGCAUUAGACAUAUGGGCGAUGGGAGUCACACUUUACUGUUUUGUCUUUGGAAAGUGUCCUUUUUAUGACACAUACAUCCUCUCUCUGCACAACAAGAUCAAGAACAAAUCGGUGGAGUUUCCAGAGACACCAUUAAUAAGUGAGGAAUUGAAAGAGCUCAUUGAGAGGAUGCUGGACAAAAAUCCUGAAACAAGAAUCAACAUUCCUGAGAUUAAGCUCCAUGCGUGGGUGACAGAGAACGGCUCCAACCCUCUUCCUCUGGAGGAGGAGCACUGCACGGCGGUGGAGGUCACUGAGGAGGAGGUGCAGAACAGCGUCACACUCAUCCCAAGCCUUUCCGCUGUGAUUCUGGUGAAGUCCAUGCUGAGGAAGCGGUCUUUCGGUAAUCCCUUUGAGUGUCUGGGCAGACGGGCGGAGAGGUCCAUGUCUGCCCCUGGAGGUCUCCUUACGUAAGUGGCCUACUCUGCAAAUCCUGCCCGGCUCCCACUGCCAAACCGCCAGCUCUGUGUUUGCCGGGAUUAGGCCUUUGACAAAACAAAACAGCAGAUGCUUGGAUAAAAAUAGAUCCACCAGCUACAUCUUUUAUACGUGAAGCCUGUCUCUUCCAUGCAGAAACUAAAAAAAAUGUAAGAUCAACCUUCCCAUCUGGGCAGGCACGGUUAAUUACACCUCCACGUGAGGAGAUGGGGAGCAGCAACUGCAUCCUCCUCCACAGUUAACCAGGCUCCGCCCCCUCCACCAGCAGGACUGCAGCACCGCAGUGUCCCACACAUGUGAAAUCUGUGGAGAUCAUGUGAGAUGUAAGCGGUGAAACCUGUGUACAAACAGGGCAGCUGGCUUUGUUCAAAAGCAGCAAGAUAUGCAGCUCCAAAUGUUAAUUAUUUUAUACAAAUAAAAAAGGGUAAAAAAACAGUGUGGUUGAACUUUACUCUAGUUUUAAGUCAAUAUGCCAAGCUACACCACUCUAACCUAACGUGUGCUGUUUAGAUACGAGUGGAAUCAAUCUUCUCCCAUAACUCACGUUCAAAAAAGGAAUACCUUUAUUUUCCAAAAUAUCUGAUUACGCUUUUUUUUUACGGCUACAAUCCGGUCACAAUAGGUCUGUGUUUGAAUGAAUUCUGACCUUACAUUACAUCUCCUUC